AAACAAAAACAAAAACCGGGUCGGCGCUGGUCGGCGCACGCUCGGUCGCCCCGUCUGCCGGUGGCCCGUGCAACACCACAUGCGGCCACAGAUGGGAUUGGGCGUCUGCUGCAUCAGCUCCUCGUCGCCGUGAGCCGUCUCGGAGAUGUGAACAGGCGACGCCGCGCUCGGAUUAGCCAUGGCCCGUGCGUUGAUCUCCCACCACCACGACGCCGGUGGAUGCUGAGCGACGAGCCGCCGCCUCCACCGUCGGCGCCGGCCCAGCGUACGGGCCCCUUUGUUGUUGCGGCGCGACCAUGCAGACAGGGCUGCGACCGCACGCCAAGACCAAGGCGCCCCCGGUGCCGCCGUCGCGGAGGCUGACGACACACGCGCAGGAUGUCACCGAGACCGUGUCCGAUCUCCGGGCCAAGACGAUGCUCAAGGAGGCCGUCGACGCCGUGGUGGACAGCUUCGCCAAGAGCCCGCAAGGCUACAGCCGAGUGAACGUGGUGGAAGCCCUCCAGGAGUUCUGGCAAAUGAAAAAGAGCGGCAGCCGACCGGAGUUACCGGCGGCCAUGGUGGUGUACGAGUCCGUACCUGCCUGCAGUCCUCCCUACGUCUGCUUCGUCACCCUCCCAGGCGGAAGCUGCUUCGGAAGCUUUCAGAACUGCCCCACAAAGGCGGAAGCCCGCCGCAGCGCCGCCAAGAUUGCCCUCGUCAAUUCAGUCUUCAACGAGCAUCCCAGCCGAAGGAUAUCGGACGAGUUUGUGGCCCAGGCUGUCAGGGAAGCGAGGGCUUCCUUUGGGAACCUGGCGAGUCAGUCUGGCGGGGUGGAUGCCUUCCGCUUCAUGCUGGAGGCCAACCGCGGCCGCACCAUGCUCGAGUUCCAAGAGCUCAUGACAGUCUUCCAGUUGCUCCACUGGAACGGGUCGCUCAAGGCCAUGCGAGAGCGGCAGUGCUCCCGCCAGGAGGUGCUGGCGCACUACUCCCAGCGGCCGCUCGACGACGACAUGCGCUCCCAGAUGGCGCUGGACUGGGCGGCCAGGGAGCACCACGCGCCGGGGCGCAUCGCCCAGGAGAUGGCGGCGGCGCGGGCGGAGCUGGAGGCGGCGCGGCUGGCGGGGCGCGAGCUGCGCUUUCCCAAGGAGAAGCAGGACAUCCUCGGGCUGGCGUGCGCCCAGCUGAGGGACAAGGCCCCGCCACCUCCACCCAGACCCCCUAGCCAAUAAAGAGAGGCCCCACACCCUUUGUACAGAACAGCCGGGGCGUUUGAAAGAUGUGA